AAGGACUUAUUUUAAAACCUAACCUUAAUUUUUGUGAAUUAAGUUCUAUGCAAAUUUUGAUUAACAAUAAAAAUGCUUCCUAAACAAUUUUUGGCAACAUUCAGGAAGUUGUUAACAUGUCAGACCAAAGUCAUGCAAAUAAAUGAAACCCGCUCCUUUUUUAUGGGUGCACAAAGAUUUAGAGAUGUAAUUGAUAGAAAGGAAAUGCUUCGGUCGGUCCCAAAAAUGGAUGAAGGUAGUGUCGGUGAAAAAGUCCUUGAUGUUGAUACAUUAAUACAUCAGAAGGGAGACAUAUUUCCUGAUGCUGACACCCCAAAUAGGUUGUUUAAUGGCAUCCCAUUUAAGAAUUUACCAAUAGUGAAUGUAAGGGUGUCACCAAAUAAUACUAUAGUUAGUAUGUCAGAUGAUAAAGGCGUAGUAAAAUUACUUAGGUCUUGUGGUGUUGAAGGCUUUAAAAACACAAGAAAAGGAACAAAUAUAGCCGCACAAGCUACAGCGAUUACUUUAGGAACUAAAGUGCUAGAACGAGGAAUAAAGACAGUUAGGGUACGCGUUAGAGGCUUAGGUCCUGGAAGAAUGUCCGCAGUUAAAGGUUUACAAAUGGCAGGUCUAGAAAUUGUCUCAAUCACUGAUAGUACACCAGUCUCAUGGAACCCACCAAGGCCAAGAAAAGCAAAGAAGUUGUAGUUUCUACGGGACGAAACUUCCCAUUGGUUGAUCGAAAUUAAAAUGGAAGCCCCCUCGUUUAAAUACUUGCAUGGCGGACGCAGUAAAAAAGGAAAAAUCAAUUAUAUUUUAAUCUUUUUAUUAAAAAUAAUUGCUAAUAAAGACGCCAUCUAGCGGUG